AUGUUUGCUAGGCAAUUCGCAUUCAGGGCGCUCGGGCAACCAUGCCCCAAGUCUUCUAUGCCACCAGUUUUCUAUCCAUCCAGUCCGACAUGGCGAUAUUUCUCCUCGACCGCAUCCCGAACGAAAGCGGCUACCAAGGUGAAGCAACCGCAGAAGAAAAUACCAUAUCGUGAAACGAAACCUUCAUCACAGCCUAAGAGCCCAUCCCAGCCGGAAGAGACUCUGAAAUUUGCCGGACGUCGGCCAAUGGGCUUCGCAAAACUAGAACGAAAGGUCGCUAAAGAAGGCGAGAUAAUGCUAUUCAAAGCGCCGUCGCAUCGCAGCUACGUCCUCGGCGCCUACGGAAUCGCGUUUUUCUGUUUCGCAUACUCGGUGUACAAUUCUAAUGCUGUUUUUCGAGAUCCAAUUGUGACCCUACCCAUGUGGCAGCAAGGCCUGGCUGGAGGCAUUUGUGUUGUGAUGAGUGUUAUGGGCACCGUCUUUCUGGUCAAGACCGGAAGAUUGAUCAAAAGUGUCAAGGCAGUCAACUCAAAUGGCCAGGCAUAUCUGCGCUUUACAGUGCGGCGCAUGAUCCCGUUCCGGAAGCCUAUGGAAUUUGACGCGCUACCCCGUCAAAUUGCUUUCUCACGUCGUCUGGUUGUCUCGCCUGACGCACACCGCGCAGACCGAGCACAAGAUCCAAUAGGCUCGAAGAGCACUAGCUUCUUUACAGCACCCACAAAGAAGUUGAGCAUGCUCCUGUAUAGAGCCUUCCGCUCUGUUCGACAAAUCUUCACGCAGGAGGAUUUCAUCCUCUUGGAAAUUGAGGGCCAGAAGGGCUCGUUUCGGAUGGACUCAGCAGGCUAUGUCUCAGAAGAUUUUUUGGUCGUAGGGAACCCUGUCUCGGUGAAACGCCCGAGUAACUAG